AUGAACAACUCCGAUUUUCAACGCUUGCUCACCACCAAUGACAGGGAGCUGGUGACGGAGCUGACAAAGCGCAAAAAAGGUGGCACUGCAAAGGCGGGCAAGGGUCAAGGAAAAGGCAAGGAUGAGAAGGCUAUUGCUCGAAUAGCGAAAGCGAACCGGUACAAGCAGAAAGCAUUGGACAAGGCUGAGCAGGAAGCCGAAAAGAACAAGUACAGGGAUCGAGCAGCAGAGAGGCGUGACGCAAAAGGCGAGUACGAGAAAGUCGCAGCCGAAUUCGAGAAUCAUGGAGAGGUGCCGGUCGACCAGUCAAAGUACCUGGGAGGUGACUUGGAGCACACUCACCUGGUGAAGGGUUUGGACUUUGCCUUGCUGAAUAAAGUCCGCACAGAGAUUGCGAAAAAGCAGAAGGCAGACGAGUUUCAGAAAGCCAAGCAGGAGCGAAAAAUCACUGGCGGCAGGCACAAGAAGACCUUCGAGCAUAUGGUGGCGAAGAACGUCUGGUUGACAGUAGUGGAGACGCUGCAUCCCCACCACAGCACCUUCAAGGAGCGCGUGCAAAAGAUGGGCAAGGCUAUAGCGCAGGGCAAUCGGAUCAGAAAUGCCCCCUCGGUCUUCCUGCCCGGGCGCAUGGCCUUCGAGUUUGACACCGACCUGGAGAUGGGCAAAACGGACAUCCCCCGAAUCGUCUAUAUGAGCAAAGAGGAGGUUCCUGUAAGUGAAAUGGGCAAGCGAUCUUCCGGAAUGCUUCCAGAAACUGCGGUCAGAGUGCGAAAUGCCAUGCAGAAGGCAGCAGAGGAUAAGAAGCAGCGGAAAAUGCAAAAAAACAACAUCGGAGCAGGCGCAAGUUACACCACUGCCCAGAAGAUCGAAGUCUCCAAGGUCAAGGCCAGAGACAGCGACAACGACAUCUUUGCUGGUGCAGGAGCAUUUGAUGUCAAUGAGAUUGUCCGGAAGGCCAGAGCAGAGCAAGCCGCCCAGCGAGAUAAGGCGGGCGUGAAGCAGGAGAAGGAUCUCUCCCCGGAGAAGGAGAAGCCCAAGAAAAAUUCUUACUUUGAUGAUGCCGGGGACGAGAAGUACAGGAAGGCACCGGAUCGGCAGCUUGAUUUGGAGGAGAUCGAGGUGGAGGAGUCGACCUUGGAGCCUGGAGAGUUUCACAAACCCACGGGCCGCUUCGACCCUUCCAGAAAGUUUCGCGGAGCUCGCAAAAACUGGGUCUUCAAGCUGGGCGACGAAGGGCUGGGGUAUUAUGAGGAGAUACCGCCGAAGAAGGCAGCCAAGCCCGCAGAGCCUGCCAAGCAGGAGAAGGAUCCACGUAAGCGGAAGCCAGCUGCGGCGAGCAGCGGGGCCCAGGGUAUGGGCAAUCCUGGCAACGAAGCUUACGAUGAGCUCUUCCCAAGUUCAAUGAUGGGCGGAGCCAUGAUGACCACGCACAGUGAUGACAGCGACGACGACGAUGGGAAGAAGAAGAAACAGAAGGGAAAAGAUGGAAAAAAGGCCACGGCAGAAGACAGCGUUGCAGCCAACAAGAAAGGUGCAGAAGCCAAGAAGCGCAAAAUGAACGAGAAUCAGCAGUGGCAGAAGAUCGACAACAUGAUCAAAAAGGGGAAGGUCACAUCCAUGGAGUCCAUGGAGGCACAAGCAUCCAAAAAAGCUGGGAAGACAUCUCAUCUGGCAACGCCGGCCUUCUUCUGA